AUGGGAAACUACUUGUGGGCUCCUAAGAAAGUCGCCGCGAAGGACUUGUUCGAAGGAUUCAUAUUCGCACAGAAUGGAGUUCAUCACGUCAUCAAGAGGUCCUUCACCAUUGCUGCGAAUAAGAAGGUAGCUCCUGAAGAGAGGGAGAGCUUCAAGCAGUUUAUCGACAUGACGGCUAAAUUCUUAUUGGUCCAUCAUCUUCAAGAGGACAAGCAAGUCUUUCCAUUCUAUAGGAAGCAUCUGAAGGAGCCGAGCGCAUUGAAGGAAGAAGAACAUGAUCAUGAGGAGGUGUCGAAGUUAUUGGACGAAAUGGCAGAAGACUUGAAACUGGACAAGCUCGCCGAGGCGCAGAAAAUCUGUGGUACUAUCGCUGACAUGAUGUGUGAUCCAGUGAACGGCCAUCUGGCGAGGGAAGAGAGGAUCCUCACUCCAGAAGCUUUCAGGGAGCAUUCUUCGACGAAGGAUGUCCGUGAGUUGUCCACUGCUGUCCACGCCAUGAUCCAGGAUUACAUGGACAAAACCGAGAGUUUUGUUUUCAUGAUCUACAAUAUGAAUGAUGAGGAGAAGGCUUUCUUCGAUGAGAGGAUGCCUUGGAAACUCACCUACUGGACCGUCCCUAGAGCAGCCAAUAAGAAAGCUCAAGUGUUCGCCCACUGUGCGUAUCCCCGUUACUCGAUCAUUGGUAGACUAGCAUGGUAUGGUAGAUGCCCACCAGUUCCUGCCGAGUUACCCGCUGAUCUCCAAUAA